GCCACCGCGGGCUGGGGAGGAGCAGGAGCUGCAGCAGCACCGAGAUGUCGGAAGCAUCCCGGGCUCCGUGGGCUGCAUCCCGCUGGGAGCCCUCAACCUCCCGGCUCGGGCCCCCCACCAGCACCUUCUCCACACAGAAGGUGGGACGGUUUGGGAGGAUGCCCCUGUCCUAUGCCUCUGCUCCCAGGAAGGAGGCCAUGGCCGCGGUGUUCCUGCCCGGCAACCUCCAGGAUGAAGCCACUUGCUCCGUGUGCCUGGAGUUCUUCAAGGACCCCGUGUCCAUCGAGUGCGGGCACAACUUCUGCCGGGCCUGCAUCAUCAAGAGCUGGAGGGAGCUGGAGAUGGACUUCCCCUGCCCGCAGUGCAGGGAGGUUUUCCAGCACAAGAGCUUCCGCCCCAACCGGCAGCUGGCGAACAUGUCCGAGAUCAUCAGCCAGUUCACGCUGCGCGGGGCCAAGGGCGCGGAGGAGGACGGGCUCUGCGGGAAGCACCGGGAAGCGCUGAAGCUCUACUGCAAGGACGACCGGAGAACCAUCUGCGUGGUGUGCGACCGGUCCCGUGAGCAUCGCCCGCACGCCGUCGUGCCCGUCGACGAGGCAUCCGAGGAGUACAAGGAGAAAAUCCAGGGCCGCUUGGAUUUCCUGAAAAAGGAGAGGCAGGAGCUGCUGGAGUUCAAAGUGAACGAUGACAAGAAAACCCAGGAGCUCCUGGAAACCAUCGCGAGCGAGCGGCAGAAGCUGCUCUCGGAGUUCGAGCGCCUGCGGCAGUUCCUGCACGACCAGGAGCAUCUCCUGCUGGGGCAGCUGGAGAAGAUGGAGAAGAACAUCGCCAAGAGGCAGAACGAGAACAUCACCGACCUCUCCAAGGAGAUCACGCUCCUCAACAAGCUCAUCACGGAGCUGGAGGAGAAGAUCCAGCAGCCCACGCUCGAGUUCCUCAAGGAUGUAAUGAGCAUCAUAAGCAGGAGUGACAACGUGAAGUGCCAGAAGCCUGUGCCCGUGUGCACGGACAUGAAGAUGCACAUCUGCAACUUCUCCCUCAAGACCGUCGUCCUUGAGAAGGUCCUGAAGAAGUUCAGAGACAACCUGCGAGAUGAGCUGGGACGAGGUGAAAAAGAGGACCUGACCCUGGAUCCCGACUCCGCAAACCACCUCCUCAUCCUCUCCGCCGACCUCAAGAGCGUGCGGAUGGGCUGCAGGAAGCAGGAGCUGCCCGACAACCCCAAGAGGUUCGACACGAACUCGCGCGUGCUGGCCACCACGGGCUUCCAGUCGGGAAGACACUACUGGGAGGUGGAGGUGGGCGCCUCGGACGGGUGGGCUUUCGGGGUGGCCAAGGAGUCCGUCAGGAGGAAGGGGCUGACGCAGUUCUCCCCCGAAGAAGGGAUCUGGGCAGUGCAGCAGAACGGAGGCCGCUACUGGGCCGUCACCUCGCCCCAGCGCACGCCGCUGUGCCUCAGCCAGAAGCUCACUAAGGUCAGGGUCUACCUGGAUUAUGAAGGGGAAGAGGUUUCCUUCUACAACGCCGAGAACAUGCAGCACAUCUUCACCUUCAACGUGGCCUUCCAGGAGAAGGUGUUCCCGCUCUUCUCCGUCUGCUCCACCAUCACCUACAUCAAACUGUGCCCGUGAGGCUUCCCCGAGGACCCGGCUCCGUGAUCUUCACUGGAUGAGCACAAGGGACUCUGGAAUGAGCCGAGCAGCCCAGUUCAGCUGAGAGAUGGGAAACCAGGCAGGGAGGGGAAACC